AUGUCCUUGUUCGUUCAGCGGCGAGACCCAGCUCUUGCAGAAAUCUCCGAUGAAGCUCUUCAACAGCUCACCAAGUUGCUUUACAUGGAUGCCACCGACUAUUUUGGCGAUCGAGCAAGAGACUGGCUCACGAAACAAGAGCAACAAGUCAAGGGGCUCGACGCCACGCUGCUGCGUCCUAGGGAUCUGUUUACCCGUUUCGCCCUCACUAUGAUCGGACGAAGUUUCUUCUUUCCUCCCGAGGUGCCAAAACUCUGCUUGGCGCACAAGGCCUUGAAUCCCAAGGUCAUUCGCAGUAUAUUGCAGCUGAUAGCAGACGAGUGUACGAUCCAGACGAACCGCUAUCGCAGUCUGCGACUCAAGAAGAUGCUGAGUCCCUCGCUCGAGGGCUGGAUGGCCAGGAUGGAUUCGAUAACGGCACUUUGGUUAGGAGAAGAUAAAUUUAGGCGCAUGUUUGGGUGUCGUUUCAGGGGUGAGAUGCCGGAUUGCGUCAGGACGAAUUGUGAGGCGUGUAUGUUGGCUGUUAUUGGAGGCUCUGUGAUGCAUCUUACGGAUCUUCGGGCGAGUUUACUGGCGCGACAGGCGUAUAAUACGAAGCUCACAGGGCGGGAACACAGGUGGCCUCGGUUACUACGGAUCGUCAACUCGUGGAUAUCGUUCUUUCAAGAGGACUGCCAGAAGGCCAUCCGUGAGUGCAGCGAGGCCAUGGUGAGUGACAUUGUAGAGAUGCGAACCUUGGCGAGGAGGAGGCGGGAUAAAGAAAACGAGAGACGGAAUAGAAAGGGGAAACCGCCCAAGGUGCGCAGCAGCGCGAGAGUGAGGUUGACGAAGGAAGGGCUGCCGAUUCCACGACAGCCGAGACUUCGGAAGGGUGAUAGGGAGAGGCUUUCCAGGAGGAUUGAGAAGAUGGAGACGCUAUUGUCGCCUCAGGAGACGGUGGAUGAGCAACAGAAGCAGCUGUUAGAUUCCUUUCAUCGGCCUGUCUCGAGUGAAGCUCGUCAUCCCCCGAAAAUCGGCUCCUCAAACUCCUUUGCUCAAAAGAGCAACGACACUGCCGAGAAAACAAUGGGCUCCAAGCCUGAUAGGGAGGAGCAGAACAACUUCUGGGAAGCCUGGCUAUUAGACAAGGACACCCGCAAAGAAGAAGCCGGCGAAGAAGAAUGCUGGGUGCAAGAAUACCGCCAGCUAACCCUCGACAGCGCGCCUUAUAAGGACAUUGGCGUGCGGAGCAACCUUGGCUUCAGCGCAAACAUUCGCCAUCCUAUUAACAACACGACCGCGAGCUGGACAAGUAAAAUCGACGAUGAGACGUCACGCAUCAGCCAAGUGCCGCUGCUGUACUGCAACGAGGAGGCCUUGCCUGUGAGGGAGACAGCGUCGAGCGUGUACUCUUGCGAUGAGCGGGUUGAAACCAAUAACAAGAUGCUGGAGGAAGUAUUUUCGAUGAUUUCUGGGUUUACUCGCGAUUCCGCGGCUCCAGCAUCGCUGUGGUGGAUGAAUGGGGAUCUAGAUGCUACACAGAGGGAAGGAGAUAAGAUUACGGAUCACGAAACGGCAUUGGCGAUGUUGGAGGGCAGGGAAGAGGAAGAAGAGGCGGCGUCGUGUUAUGAGACGAUGGGGUGGGGAGGACCAAGAAAGGGAUGA